UUGAGGAAUAAAAAUGUCAUUUUGAGCAAAAUAAAAUCAAAUUUAUUUUAUUCAAUUAAUUAUCAUUUAGAAAAAAUCAAUAAAUAAUAAUAGGAUAUUAAUAGUAGUAAAACAUUACAAUUCUAGAUAAAAUGAAGAGUGCUCUUAUGGUAGCAGAAAAGCCCUCGUUGGCUGCAUCAUUAGCCAACAUUUUAAGUAAUGGACGGUGUACAUCCCGAAAAGGGCUUAAUGGAGCUUGUAGUGUUCAUGAAUGGGAUGGCCCAUUUCGUGGAGAAACAAUACGUUUUAAAAUGACUUCAGUGUGUGGUCAUGUAAUGGCUUUAGAUUUUGUCGGGAAAUACAAUUGUUGGGACAAAGUUGAUCCAGUUGAACUAUUUUGUUGUCCAACAGAGAAAAAAGAAGCUAAUGCAAAAUUAAAGAUGCCAUUCUUUUUAGUAAAAGAGGCUAAAGGUUGCGAUUACUUAAUAUUGUGGCUUGAUUGCGAUAAAGAGGGCGAAAAUAUAUGCUUUGAGGUAAUGAAUGCUGUUUCUACCUCAAUACGAAAUGUGAACAGUACUAGUGUUUGCUACAGAGCCCGUUUUUCAGCAAUUACUGAAAAGGAUAUCAAAAAUGCAAUGGCAAAUCUAGCUCACCCCAAUGAAAAUGAAGCAAAAUCAGUUGAUGCGAGACAAGAACUAGAUUUAAGAAUUGGAUGCGCAUUUACAAGAUUUCAAACGAAAUUUUUCCAAGGUCGAUAUGGUGAUUUAGAUUCUUCACUUAUUUCAUAUGGACCAUGUCAAACGCCGACAUUGGGAUUUUGCGUGAAACGUCAUGAUGAUAUACAAACGUUUAAACCUGAAAGUUUUUGGUAUUUACAAUUGCACGCUGGUUCCCCUGAGGUAAUUUUUGAUUGGGCUCGAGUCAGAGUUUUUAAAAAGGAAAUAGCCAUUAUGCUAUUAAAUAAAGCAAAAGAAAACAAGGAAGCAAAGGUUGAGAGUGUUGUUUCAAAAGAUCAGUACAAGGGAAGACCUUUAGCUUUAAACACAGUUGAAUUGAUGAGGGCGGCCAGUGCAAGAUUGGGAUUAGGUCCUCAUCAAGCAAUGCAAAUUGCCGAAAAAUUGUAUACACAAGGUUUUAUUAGUUAUCCGCGUACUGAAACUACGCAGUACCCCACCAAUUUCGAUCUUAAUGGAGUCGUUAAAUUAUUGCAAAACUCAUCAGAAUUUGGACAGGAAGCACGUAGUAUUGCUGCUGAAAUGAAUCAACCAAGAAAAGGUGUGGAUCAUGGAGACCAUCCUCCAAUAACUCCAAUGAAAUGCGGGAACAAAGGUGAUUUUGAAAGUGAUGCGUGGCGCAUAUAUGAUUAUAUAUGCAGACAUUUCUUGGCAACCGUUUCUCAAGACUUGAAAUUUCGUGUAACUACUGUGAAAAUUAAAGUCGGCAUGGAAACUUUUACUACCUCAUCGAAUGUCUUGAUAGAUCCAGGCUUUUCAAAAGUAUUUACUUGGCAAGCUUUCGGGAAAAAUGAGGCUCCACCACCAUUUGUUGAGGGGCAAACGGUUCCAGUUAAUGAUAUUAAAUUAGUUGAAAGCCAAACUGGUCCGCCAGAUUAUCUCACAGAAUCAGAGCUUAUAACUUUAAUGGAACAACAUGGCAUAGGAACUGAUGCAUCAAUUCCUGUACAUAUAAACAACAUUUGCCAAAGAAACUACGUAACUAUACAACCUGGACGUAAAUUAAUGCCUACCACUUUGGGGAUUGUAUUGGUACAUGGGUAUCAAAAAAUUGAUCCAGAGCUAGUUCUACCUACCAUGAGAUCAGAAGUGGAAAAAUUAUUGAAUUUGAUAGCUAAAGGCACUGCAGAUUUUAAACAUGUUCUUCGACAUGCCGUUGAAAUUUUUAGAUUAAAAUUUUUGUACUUUGUUCAAAACAUAUCUAAUAUGGAUAGCUUAUUUGAGGUUUCAUUUUCUCCACUAGCUGAAUCUGGUAAAGCUCACUCAAGAUGUGGUAAAUGUCGGCGCUACAUGAAAUAUAUACAAACAAAGCCAGCUCGAUUACAUUGCUCCCAUUGCGAUGAAACGUACUCUUUACCGAAUGGAAAUGUACGUGUUUACCGUGAGCUUAAGUGUCCUUUAGAUGAUUUUGAGCUGUUGGCAUUCUCAAGCGGAACAAAAGGACGAUCAUAUCCUUUGUGCCCAUACUGUUACAAUCAUCCACCAUUUAGAGAUAUGCCAAGAAAUUCAGGUUGCAAUUCGUGUACUCAUCCAACUUGUCAACAUUCUCUUAAUUCCCUUGGAAUCUCAAGCUGCGUUGAAUGUGAAAAUGGUAUAUUGGUACUUGAUUGUACAUCAUCACCAAGCAGCUGGAAAUUGGGUUGUAAUCGUUGCGAUGUAAUUAUAAAUAUAUUUAAAGGUGCCACAAAAAUUACCGUCGAUGAUAAACGUUGUGAUUGUGGAGCUCAAUUGGUGAACGUAUUGUACAAAUCUGAAAAAUCUAAAUUUAAAGAUAAUGCUGAAGAGAAAACUGGUUGCAUAUUUUGUUCACAAGAAUUCUCUCAUCUUGUUGAAAAGCAUCGUGCCAUUACUGCAAGACCAGCUCAAGUCAAUUCACGUGGUAGCAGAGGUGGUGGCGGUCGUGGCGGUAAAAGCCGAAGUACAAGAGGUGGAAGACCAAAACAAGAUAAAAUGGCUCAUCUUGCAGCUUAUUUUGUUUGAUUGUAAAAAAAAAUGAAAAAAAAAAUUAUACAUACGUAUUAUUUUGCUAAUUUCCCUUUUGCAGCAUUUAUUCAUAACAUAAUAAUAAAUUGUUUUAUUUGUUUAUUUAUACAUAAAAGAAGACAAAAAGAAAAAAUUUAAUUUUUAAUCGUUUAACAAUUUGAUAAUAAAGUAUUUGUAUGAUUUACAAUAUUGAUGAAGAAA